AUGGAAAAUCUCAUCAGGUCAUUCAUGCGGGUCAUUCGCAAAAUUGACGACGCCGACGGGCUGAUCCGGUCUUUGCAAGCAUGGGAAAAAUCGGCCAUCUCCCAAAACGCAACCUCGCCGUCACUUGCUCUCCAUGAUCAAUAUCGUUUUCUCGACUUUCCGAAUGCCGAAAUUCAAGCGGCGAACAUUGUCAAAUCGACUGAGCUCUCCAAAGAGAGUCUCCUUGAGCGUGCUGUUGAGUCUCCCUCGCAGCUGGCCGCCGCAGAGAUCUCCCUCCUCAAGAACCGCUACUGGCUUGAUAUCUCGCCAGACGAGGAACGUGAAGUUUCACUGGAAACUGGGCUGAUCAUGGGACCUAAUAGGGUCUCAGAAGAGGAUUAUGAACAAGCCGAGAAGCGUCUCAGGGCAGUACGUCACAUGCUCUAUGCAGACAACGAAGAGAAACCCAUCGACAAUGCUAUCACAGAGCACUGGCGACGCGAGAACGAAUCGUGGCGCGCGAGGCAGAAGCAGGAGACUGAAAAUGUCUUGUCCAAGGCGCAUCCAUGGGUGAGGCGUCUGUGGGAGGAGGACAAGGGGGAGAAGGUCUGGGGGUAUGGCAUCUUCAUCGACCCAAAGGCGUUCGCCAACGACGAAGAAGCCGACAAUUAUAUGGCUCGGAGGGACGGUGUUCUGUUCCACGGCCGUGGCGCGAUUGGGGCGGGAAGCAGUGCCAUCAACAACAAGUGGAGAUUGCAGAAGCUUGAGUGGCCCAGCAGUAAUGCUGCAGAUGGCGGCAAGGAAAUGGACGCCAGACAAGCUGUUGACCGAGGCGAGGAGAAGAAGAUUAUCAGUGAACUGACUGUGGAUGAGGCCAAGAGAGAUGAAGGAGAGACCGAUGAGAGACUCGCCAAGUUUCUCGUGUUGCGUAAAAGGUUCAAGUUUAUCCGAGACAGCAGCUUGGGGAGUCAAACACAGGAAGACGUUGUCUCUAGCGCACCUGUGCAUUCAGAAACCCGUGUCCUAGAAGGCGGCAUUCUGCAAAACGUAUUUUUGAUGGAAGACAAGCCAUGCGUCGAAUCGGUAGUUGGUGCGCAGGGGCUCGUCGACGACAUGUGGGUUUGGGCUAUUGACCCCGACUACCACGAUGCGGACGAGUUAACUACCAUGAUCGAUGAGCCACGGCCAUCAGAGUCGCCCGAGAGAUACAGAGGAUUUAUGCGCGUACGGCUACAACAGCUUGUCAAUAACUUCUUCGAUGUACGGCGCUUUCACCAAGGGGAGCACACGAUGAAGGAACUCUGGGAAGCCGCUCAGAAGAGCAAGCAUCAAGCCUUUGUAUCAAUCCGCGAUACUGAGGCUCAAAGUUGGAGCAUUGAUCGGUUCGUGGGAAGUGCUAUGAGAGCGCAGCCACUGCGUAUUGUAUACGGACCUAUGCCAGCGAGUUCUGCCAAAUAG